AUGCGUUCCCUCGGGAUAUUCGCUACGGCGCUUCUAGCAAGCGUCAUCGAUGCCUCGACUCUCCAGCCUCCGGUCCUUCCGUUGAUCGUAAGAAAUCCGUAUUUGAGCACAUGGCUGCAGAAUGCGCGUGAGGAGCCUUGGAGCAAAUGGCCCAUGUUUUGGACUGGCGCAGAGGUUGGAUUCGGCGUGCUUGCAUCACUUCCCGACGAGAAUCGAGUCUUUCCACUGUUGGGCAGGCCCCAUGAUUCUUUGGAUAAAACCGACAAAAGCUACACGAUAGCUUAUCCGGUGUACAAAGGUGCCAAGUACGACGCGUCCACUACGAACCUCACAUACUCGCUUCAAGUAUCCAAGAAAUCCCAAAAAGCAGAGAACGUCGAAAUCACUCUGUCCUUUCUCUCUCCCAUAACACCCACAUCAACUUUGCGACAGACUCUUCCGGCAGCGUAUCUCUCCAUACAUGUAGAAGGAACUGUUGAUGUCAACAUAUACGUUGAUGUGAAUGGCCAGUGGGUCAGCGGCAAGAGGGAGAGUCUCAUAGAAUGGGGCCUAUUCCAGCACAUAGCACCUGGUCUGAAAGACAAGCUGAAGACGUGGCAAGUGAAGCGACAGGUCGAGCAACUCUUCACCGAAACAAAUGAUCAGCCCGAGUGGGGUCAGCUGCACUUCACAGGCCCGGCAGACGUACGUCACCAGUCUGGCACUUCCGCAUUACUCCGCCAGAGGUUCGCCCGCACCGGGACACUCCAGAACGAAGUGGAUGGAAACUUCCGUGGCAUCAUGGAUGAGGAGCCAGUUUUUGCGUUUGUGAAAUCCUUUGAGCUGGGGAAGUCGAGCGCUGCUUCGAAAGCUGCCAGUGGUAGCGUGCUAUUUACCCUCACCCAUGUCCAGGACCCAGUUACACAGUAUGCAUCUGCGCGCGGCCUCACCUUCAUGCGACCCUUGUGGAAAUCAUGGUUCCAUGACGAAGACAAGCUUAUUCAGUUCCACUACGGUGACUUUGCCACGGCCAGCAGUCUAGCCAGCAACUACUCCGAGCAGUUGCGCAUCGACGCCUAUGAAUCUGGCUCUACCAAUUAUGUUGACAUUGUUGCACUGUCUGCACGGCAGGUAAUGGGCGCGACCAGCUUUUCUGGCACUAAGGAAAACCCACUGCUAUUUCUCAAGGAGAUCUCUUCAAACGGUAACUGUCAAACUGUGGAUGUCAUCUUCCCAGCGUUCCCAUUCUUCCUCUACACGCAACCCCGGUGGCUGGCGUACCUUCUUGAGCCGCUUCUUGAGCAUCAGCUCAGUGGGCAGUAUCCAAACAAAUACUCGAUGCAUGACUUGGGCGCUCACUUCCCUAACCUUACCGGACAUGCUGAUGGAAGGGACGAGUACAUGCCAGUUGAGGAAUGUGGCGAUAUGCUCAUCAUGGGUCUUGCACUGGUCAACUCGUUGACCUACAGCUCUCAAGCCGAAGCCCAGUCCAUUUGGUCCGCUGUUGGCCAUGACGGCGACAUGAAGGAGUCUGAUGAGAGUGUUUUUGGUCUUACAAGUGUCGCCUCAUAUGAUGGCAUCGAGUACAUCGACGAAGUCUGGGGCGGAAGCACGAAGGGAGUCGACAAGGCUAAGAAAUGGCUUGAAGGGAGUUACGAUCUAUGGAAACAGUGGACUGGUUAUCUUGUUGAAGAUACGCUGGAACCACACAAUCAGCUUUCCACUGAUGAUUUCGCGGGCUGGCUGCCGCUUCAGACUAACCUUGCACUCAAGGGAAUCGUUGGCAUCAAAGCCUUUAGUGAGAUUGCAGAUCUCAUGGACCGACCCGGUGAUGCGAAGCAUUAUCGUAACAUUUCUGACACUUACAUUAAGAAGUGGCAGGAGUAUGCUAUCUCGCGUGACGGCACACACGCUAAGCUUGCCUAUAAUUGGUAUGGAAGUUGGACUACGCUCUACUCAUUGUACGCAGACGCGGUUCUGUGUUUCCAUCCCACCUUCACGAACUCGCCAUCAAUAGUCGACAACUCAGAUUACGCAUCUGGUAACAAAGACGCGCAAAGGCCCUUGACACCUUCCAAACACAGCUCGGGCCGCACUCCUAUAACCGAAGACUUCAUCCCAGAUUCUGUAUAUUCGUUGCAAAGCGAAUGGUAUGGAAAUGUUAUGCAAAAGUAUGGUCUGCCUCUCGACUCGCGCCAUCUCUACACCAAAUCAGACUGGGAGUUCGAGGCAGCAGCAGUUGCAAGUAAGAAGGUACGCUCUGAGAUACUAGAUCGCGUGGCCUUGUGGUUGAAUGAGACGGUCACGGACCGCGCUUUUACCGAUCUCUACGUGACAGAGGGUGACGGUGGCUUCCCUGGGCCGUGGUUCUUUGCCCGACCGGUUGUUGGUGGCCAUUUCGCAUUCUUGACGCUAGAGAGGGCUUGUGGUGGGGGAGGAAAGAAGUAG